AUGUAUAGGGCGGGAGGCGAGACGGACGAGGGCCCGGCGGCGGCCGAAACUAUGCUGCGAUAUUUUGUGCCCCUCGAAAUAUCAGUGCAUUAUAUACGAGUCAAGGUGUAUAGACGAUGCGGUAGUGUUAUGUGUAUACAAGUGUUUAUACAAGCUCGAGUCAGGCGACACUUGCCAGCCGGUUCGAGCGAACGACGACUAGCUAUGAAUCCUGACAUCGGCUCACGU